AUGGAGAAUCGAAAGGAAUUUGUGUGGUUCCCGGCGGAGGAAUCUGAAUGGGUCCUUUGCCAGAAGCUUAGCAGGACUCCUGCUGGAGGCGCCACCCUUCGGCUGGGCAAGAAGGAGUUCGUGGUAUCACCGGAAGAGCAGCGAUUGGUGCUGCCGCGACCAGGGCAGGUGGCACAAAACUAUGCUUCGCUGGAGAAGGAUGGGCUCGGCGCUGGUCAGGUCGAAGAUGCGCUUCGUAACCAGUUUUGCAGUACGAAUCCGUACUCCAACAUCAACAUGGUGACCUUGUGCAUCAAUCCCUUCAGACCCCUGAAGAUUUUCGGCGAGACGUACGUCGAGAAGUACUCCGCUUUGGACCCUAAUCUGCCGCCGCACAUCUUCAACGCCUCCGCCAGUGCAUACAAGCGAAGUAUGGACAAAAAGGAACAUCAGGUCCUCUUGCUGCUGGGAGACGGAUGCACAGGAAAGUCGAUGGCACGCGAGCACGUGCUUAGCUUCUUCGAUCAAAACGCUGGCGAUGGUAGUGGCGAAUUCAAGCAGAUGUUGGCUAUUCUGGCUCCAUUCAUCUCGGCCCAGUGCCGUUGUGGUCGGCAGAUUUGGCAAUCCACUCGAGCUAUCUUGGAGGUCGAGCUUGGGUUGGCUGCAGAUGGCUUCACAUGCCGCACCCUUGCCAGCGUGAAGAUGUUGGAGACAGGUCGCCUUGCACGCAGCAUGGACGCCGGCUUCAAGACCUUCGAUGCUCUGUAUCUUGCAGCCAAGGAUGAAAGGGCGAAGGCGUGGUUGGGCACCGCGGUGGAGUUCCGACUACUCGGGGAAGAGAUCGAGAUUGAAGAGUAUGACGAGGAAGGCUCUGCACAGAAAAGCUGGAUCGAGGCGCUGGCUUCUUUCGAGAUCGAUGAUGCCGCGGUAGUCCGAAUCCUGUGUGGCUUGAUCCUCCUUGCAGAGCUGCGCUUCAACGGGUCCCCGGGAUCCCUGCGCUGCGAGCCGGAAGGAGGUGUGGAAGCUGCCGCCCAAGCCUUCGGGGUGAACGCCGGGUCGCUUUGGGACUCCCUCGUGGAUGGCUCGGCCUCGCCCCAGGAUGCGGCCUUGUGUGCAGAUGCAGCCGUAGCGGAAGUCUACUGUCGGCUUGUGGACUUGAUCCUUCGGCACAGCAACGAGCACUUUCCAGCCGAAGCUAAGGCGAUCACCCGCCGCAUCAAAGUCCUGGAGCUUCCCUCUGGCUCUGACGCGCCCGGAAUCCAUCGCCUCCUCACCCAGCUCUUGAACGAGGCUCGGUUCGCACGGAUGCUUCGCACCGCUCGCGGAUCGGAGGUGAGCGACGAAUUGCGGGAUGAGUCCGAGCCGCAGGCGGCGGCUGCCAGAGCGGAGGCCUUGUGUCGAAGCUGCCUGGGAGCAUUGCAGAGCGGCUCGCCGCUACAGAACUGGGCACAGGCGCAAGAGCCUUCCGACAGCUUUGCCUUGGAAGGGGAGGUGGCCUCCAUCAGCGGUGCUUGUGGGCCUGUCGAACAUACACUCAGCAGCCUGGAGUCUGGAGCGGCUUUGGACACGGUUGAUCUCAUGGACUUCCUCCACAUUCUUUCAAAAUCCAGCUGCAAGUACCUUCGAGAACUUGCCGAGACAUCUCGUGAAGCCCCGUGCUUGGACGAAGCUGCAGAGGCUUCAGAGGCUCUUUUGGCCCACCUCGAGCCGCAGCAGGCAUCGACGACCUGGCUGGUUUGCUGCCUUCGCCCGAACGAUGCGGGCCACCCCGACCGCGUGAACAGAAACGUGAUGCUCCGGCAAACUGAGCAGCUCCGCUUGGCUGACAUGGUUCAUCUGACAGACAAGAACAGCUGCUUUCUCUGGUCGUUGAAAGCAUUCCGUGAGAAGUACGCCGAGUUGGUGCCGGCGCUGGCGGACUCCACUCCGGACGAGGAGGUCUGCCGCAUCAUCGUGAAGUCUGCUGGAGGUGGCGAGGGAACGGUGGGUGCAGAGAACGUGUUCGGUGGCGAGAUCCUGGAACGUCUCUUAGAGCACAAGCUGCAGGAGAAGAUGGCUGGUGCCCAGCACCUGGAAGGCACCAAAUCGGAGAUGAAACAGCUUAUGGAGGAGAAGCUCAGGAUGGAAACUUUGCAGCGAGAGCAGCAGCAGACCGAGCGCCUGAAGGAGCUGGAGUCGCUUCGUGGCCAACACGAAGAUCAGCAGAACAAGCAGCAGCAGUUGAUGCAGCAGCUUCAAGAGCAGCAGUUGCAGCUGCAGAAGCAACACCAAGAGCAGAUGCAAGAACAGAUGGAGGCUUUGAGGAAGCAGCAGGAGCUGGAGCUUGAACGCUUGCGGAAGCAGCAAGAAGAGGUAUCUGCUGCAGCCACUGCCGCAUUGAAUCCCGUCGUCCCUGAGACAUCGCCGACAGUCUUGCCACCAGAGGACAUGGUGCCGGUGACAGUGGCAGCAGAAAGUUCAGUGCCCUUGAGAUCGAGGAGCUUCGGAAAGCCCCGAGAAGCCCCGCCGGCCUCUUUUCACUACCGCUUCCGGGCCCCAGGAAACACCGAGGAGGAGGGGCAGCCUCGGCAGAGCUAUCCAGCGCUUCAUGCUGCAUUGGCCCAGAUGGCCGCAAUUCUCCGUGUCGCCAAAGAGAGGGAGCAAAGCUUUCAGGCGCAUGCAGAGUUUCAUGAUCAAACGCUGCAUGACCUGGAAGCCGAGCGGGAUGGAUGGAGGCAGGAGAUCCGCACGCUGACGCAGCAGGUCAGCGAUCUUCGGCGAAGUGUAGAGGAGCAGCACCCUGGGGUCAGCCCUACUGACCUACUGGGGACAGUGGCAGUCUUCUGGAACGAGUGCCAUGGCUUCGUCUUUCCACUAACAGAUGGCGAGGCCAACUGGGACGGAUGGGUGCGAGCAACCGUCUACAUGGUUGCGAUGCUCUACAUUUUCCUUGGCGUGAACAUCGCAGCAGACAAGUUCGUCAGUGCCAUUGAAGGCAUUACCAGCAUCAAGCGCAGAGUUCUGCAGAGGUCGACAGGGCGUGUCAUCACAGUUAGCGUUUGGAAUGGGACAGUGGCAAACCUGACCUUGCUGGCGUUGGGCUCGUCGGCGCCGGAAAUUCUGUUGUCUGUGGUUGAGAUCAUGGGGCCAUGCCGCCACGCUUGGAUCGCUUUGCCACCAAUUGGGACGUUGCUCAAAGAAUCUUGCGAGUCUCACCCGCAAGAUUCUGAAGGCAUCAGCUGA